UUGGAUGGAAAAUAGUCCUCUCAGCUAGCUUGUGUGUUUAACAGCUGCUUAUCCACCGCUGUCAACUCAGCAGUUCAUUACCGAGUCUUUGAAAAUGUAGCUUACUGUUAUAUAUGUGUCUUUCACCUUCACUGUGAACGAUAGCUGUGAGGUUUUGACAGAGAGUCAAAUCCUUUAGAAGUCAUUAGGUGGACCUGGUACAGUACAUCUCCAAAACAACAUGAUACUGCCAAAAUAGUGAAUUGAUUAUCAGUGGAGUAUUUUUCAUAGACUUGAAUGCCCAUUACAUGUUUAUCUUCACUCCCAGUUUCCUAGGCUAGUGUUUUGACCUAAGUCCCCUAGUAAACAAAACUCCGUGGUGCAGGUAAUAAUGCUGUUCUCUCUGCGAGAGCUGGUGCAAUGGUUGGGCUUUGCCACAUUCGAGCUGUUCCUCCACUUGAGUGCACUGCUGGUCUUCAGCGUGCUGGUGGCCCUACACAUGGAUGUGGACAAGCAGACUCUUGAGAUGAGCUGGUGGCUUGUCUUCUCACCAUUGUUUGCUGCUGAUGGCCUCAGCACUUACUUCACAGCCAUUGUGUCCAUCCGCCUCUAUCAAGAAGGAGAGAAGCGGCUGGCUGUGCUGCGAUUGCUGUGGGUGCUUACUUUGCUCAGCCUCAAGCUGGUGUGUGAGGUGCUGCUAUGCCAGAAAUUGGCUGAACAGAACCAGGCACAAAGUGAUUUGUGGUUCGGGCUUAUUGUUUCCCCACUGUUCAUCCUUCUGCAGCUGCUCAUGAUUCGUGCUUGUCGUGUCAAUUAAAGGACAAACUGUACGCACACAUGUCAAUGGACUUAUGCGAACGAAUUAAAAGGACUUCUGCAGGUAUCAUUCAAACCAGGAGGAGCGAAUCAUUGUAAACUGCAUAAUCAUUGUGAACUAUUUAUUUUUUUAUUUUGUAUUUUCACAGGUUCAAACAUGCAAACAUGGCAUCAAAAAUAAUGCUAAAAAUAAUGUGCAAUUUUGAUUAUUAUUAUUAUUGUCCUUAAGUGCUAAGAGAGAUUUGGUCUAGAAUUCUGAAUACUGUAAAUGUUGCUUUAUCUGUGUUAAUACAUUGUAUUGUUGUUUGUACAGUUGUAAAUAAACCAUCAAUAUUCAACA